GAAAUUUUAAUAAACGAACGCGAAUGAGGCUGCACCGAGUACACUUUUCAAAUAAACGAACGGUAAAGUCAAGCUCGGAGAACUCAGACCAAAAUAACGAACGCACGGACAAUAAAAUUGGAAAUUGUUUUGGAAAAUUUACGCAACAUAUCUGUGUGGAUUUCCCUCACUCAUCUUCCCCUUCCCCAUUCCUCCACCUAAUUUGUUUGGUGCAUUGCGCAAGUUUGGAACCCUGUAUGGUGUGAUGUGUGAGUACUUUUUAAUUUUUUUUCCACUCUCUAGUUUUCAAGCUUUCAUCACAAUCAAAUGUGGUUCUUACUGGUGCCGAGUUGACGUGUACGUACCGCAAAAAUAGAGGUUAGUUUUUAAGUCAAAAAGCAAAAAAAAGUUGUGUUUUGUGUGUUUACAAGUGUAGUUGAAGCCAAAUAAUGACGAUUCAAGUUGAACCCAAGAGUACCAGUACCGGCGACUGUUGUCCAGCCAGCAACGGGUCCAUAAAUCUACACAAAAAUGGUCUGAACAAUCGCUGCUUCGUUGAAACUAAUCAGCAGCCACAAAACAAACAAGCAAAGACCAAAAUCCUUAGAGAAUCUUACGAACCGCCCCCAUUUUUGACUGCCAUCCUAACACAAAUCAGCUUCUCGUUAAUAAUGUUGCUUAGCUUCAUUAGUCAGUUUUGUACGAAACUCUUCUACCCGCCUAAAGUCAUCGAAGAAAAAGGACGGUCCGGAUAUCCACCUCUUUUUGACCGAUUCUCAAUGUUCUAUUCGAGAUAUGUUUACAGAAGAAUACGCGAUUGCUGGAACUACCCCAUUUGCAGUGUACCGGGGAGUGAAGUGACCCUUAAAGACCGCAUCACAAACGAUUAUUGUUGGACCUUUGAAUUCACUGGCACAAAAACUAAAUGCCUCAAUUUAGCUUCGUAUAAUUAUUUGGGCUUUGCUGAAUCGUCUGGACCGUGUGCUGAAGCGGCGAUUGCUUCAAUUUACAAAUAUGGCAUAAGCACUGGUAGUACGAGAACUAAAUAUGGCACAGUGGAUCUUCAUAAAGAAUUGGAACAACUUUUGGCUGAAUAUUUAGGUGUUGAUGAUGCAAUUACUUGUGGUAUGGGCUUUGCAACUAAUGCCUUAAAUAUUCCCAGUUUAAUUGAACCUGGUUGUCUGGUUAUAAGUGAUGAAAAAAAUCACGCAAGUUUAAUCUGGGGGAUUAAAAUACCUGGGGCGACUGUUCGAGUGUUCAAACAUAAUGAUAUGGAACAUUUAGAAGAAGUUUUGAGGCAAGCGAUAUAUUUUGGUCAACCCAAUCAACCUGAUGGUGCCUUCAAACAUUGGAAAAAAAUUGUUAUUUUUGUUGAAGGUGUUUACAGUAUGGAAGGCACUAUAGUCAAACUGCCUGAAGUGAUUGCGCUUAAGAAAAAGUACAAAGCAUAUCUUUAUUUAGAUGAAGCACAUAGUAUUGGUGCUAUGGGCAAACACGGUAGAGGCAUACUAGAUUAUUUCGACUGUGAUCCAAAAGACAUUGAUAUUCUUAUGGGAACAUUUACAAAAAGUUUUGGAAGUGCCGGAGGAUAUAUUGCUGGCUCCAAGGAACUUGUCACAUAUCUAAGACAAGUUAGUUUAGCUUCUUGUCAAGCUUGGGCCAUGUCUCCACCAUUAGCAGCACAAAUUAUAGCAGUAUUAAAAAUCCUGAUGGAAAAAGAUGGCACAAACGAAGGACAAAGACGCAUCGAAGCUUUAGCUAGGAACACAAGAUAUUUUAGAAUGAGGCUGCAUCAAAUCGGUGUAAUAAUUCACGGCAACGAAGAUUCCCCUGUGGUACCUAUUUUGGUUUAUUUAUACUCGAAAAUUGCAGGAGUUGUGAGGACAUUGAUAAAAGAAAAAAUUGCUACUGUUGGUGUUGGGUAUCCAGCAACGCCUUUAUAUGAAGGCAGAAUUAGAAUCUGCUUGUCAGCAGGACACACCAAAGAGCAGCUCGAUUAUGCUUUAGGAGUGAUUGAAAAAGUUGCUGAUGAUAUUGGCCUUAAAUAUUCUAGAAAGCCUAAAGAUCUCACUCCAAUCAACUAUGAUGACAUUAAAGUUUAUCAAGAAUAAUUUUUGUUUUGUAAACUAAUUUUCCUGCCUGAUGCCUAUUGCAAAAAAUAUUGAUUUGUUAUUAUUGUUAAUUUGCCAGUAUUCAAUUUUAUAUUCCCAAUCAUUUUCUGCUGUUUUUUAUCUAAAUGGCCACAUUAAUAGAAAUACACAAACAUGUUUUCUGAUUAAAUAAUUAAUUAUAUGUUUACUGACUGUUAUGAAAAAAGUGAUACCUAUUUGAAACAAAAAAAGGUGACCUUUUUGUUACAUAUACACCUAUGCUUUGUAGAAAUUAUUCCUUUUAAUAAAUAUUUUAAAUGUUAUUUAAUUUAAUCUUUAUUUAAUUGAAAGUUUCAGGAAUUCAAUUUCAGAAAAUAAUUGUAUGCGAUUAAGCAUUCAAGUAAGUAUUGGCUGAUUUUGGUAAAGUGAUUAGAUUUCCUAUAGGUAUAAUUUGUAACACUACUAGAACUUUCAAUAUAAUUGUAGAUGCAAAAGAACUUCACUCUAUAAUUAAUUCUAUAUUUAUUGAAUAAAAUAAGGUAUUGUAAGAAUUUAAUAAAUUAAAAUA